GCUAUGGUCCUUCUGAUUACAUUAGUGCACAUUUCCUACAACUGCAUCAUCGCCUACAGCCUGUUCUGCCUGUUUGCUUCCUUCCAAUCCCCUCUGCCAUGGUCAGACUGCUUCAGCUGGUGGGGUGCGGAUGAAACCUGCAGUCGGACACCCAGAGAUCCACUCUGCAACCUCACUCUGGACAGCGGAUAUUCUGAAGUCGUUAAUACAACCUGGCUGCAGGCAAACAAUAAAACGUGUUCAAAUGGAUCUGAAAUCCAUGUUCCUCACCAGGGUCCAGGUGAACAAUACUGGGAUAAAGAGGUUUUACGACAAUCAAGUUCCAUGGAGGAGACAGGGGAGAUCGUGUGGCAUUUAGCCCUGUGUCUACUUCUAGCCUGGUUGAUCAUUGGAGCUGCUUUGUCCAAAGGAAUCCAAUCUUCAGGAAAGGUGGUUUAUUUCACUGCAACAUUUCCAUAUGUGUUUCUGAUCAUACUUCUUAUUCGAGGAGUUACCCUUGAAGGAGCCAAUAAAGGGAUUGAAUUCUACAUUGGAUCUCAAUCAGAUUUCUCUAAGCUGGCUGUUGCUGAGGCAAUACAGAUUUUCUUCUCGUCGUCAGUGGGUUCUGGCACUCUAAUAACCCUGUCAUCCUGCAACAAAUUCCACAACAACUGUUACAUCGACACCAUCAUUGUCUGUGUGGUGAACUGUGCCACGAGUGUGUUGGCUGGAUUUGUCACCUUCUCAAUCCUUGGACACAUGGCUCAUGUACAAGACAAGCCCAUUUCAGAUGUGGUACAGGCAGGUUUCGGUUUGGCUUUCAUCGCCUACCCGGAGGCUCUUGCACAGCUGCCUUGGGCUCCUCUAUGGUCCAUUUUGUUUUUCUUCAUGCUGCUUACUCUUGGACUUGACUCUCUGUUUGCAUCUGUAGCGAUUUCUGAUGACGUCACUUACGCGACGUCAAACAGCUCCAGUGUUGUUUUUGAUCCUGCUGAGGGUCCACAGCCCCCUCCUCACCGAGCAAACCAGGUGCUGGAGACGGUCUAG